AUGAGCCACAUCUACGGCAGCCGCCUCUCCCCCAUGGCCACCCCCUCCAUGCUCUACCUCCCGGCCGCCUUGGGCUUCACCCCCAGCGGGGCGAUAUCCCGGCAGGACCCCCCGCAGAAACCCCCUUACAGCUACAUCGCCCUCAUCGCUAUGGCCAUCAAAGAAGCUCCGGAGCAGAAGGUGACUCUCAGCGGCAUCUACCAGUUCAUCAUGGACCGUUUCCCUUUCUAUCACGACAACAAGCAGGGCUGGCAGAACAGCAUCCGCCACAACCUCUCCCUCAACGACUGCUUCGUCAAGGUGCCGCGGGAGAAGGGGCGGCCCGGCAAGGGCAGCUACUGGACCCUGGACCCCCGCUGCUCGGACAUGUUUGAGAACGGCAACUACCGCCGGAGGAAGAGGAAGCCCAAA